ACAAGUUUUUGGUGUCAACUUGUUUGUGAUAGAGUGAGGAGGAGGGACCGGGCUGGUUUUGUCGGUGAAGUUUUCUUCUCUUUCCAAAAAUGACAGCAGUACUUGGAAAAAGGAUACUCUCAGCACGGAGAGUGCUGCAGAUUCCGUCAACUCUUAGACAAUGCAGGAACCUACAUACGUCCAUCAACCGCAGCAAAUUCUUUGAGCUACGCACGUAUGUCAUUAAACCAGCCAGCUUCAAGGACUACCUUGAUCUAUCAAAUGAGAAAUUCCAUCUGCGAACGGCCCACUCAAAAAACAACGGCUUCUGGUUGUCUGAACUCGGUGGACUCAAUGAAGUCACUCAUCUCUGGGAAUAUGAUGACUUUGCUCAUCGCACCAGCGUGCGACAGAAACUGGCCUUGAACCCAGACUGGCAGAGUCAGUACAUAAAGACAAUGCUGCCAUAUUUAGAUAAACAGGAAAAUGUCGUGCUGAUGGAGUCUCCUUUAAAAAAAACUGAAGAUGCACCACUACAGGAGGGAGGUGUGUAUGAGCUAUGCGGGUAUGAAGUCAAGAAAGGUUGUGAAGAUGAAGUGAUGCAACUGAUCAUGUGUCGAGCUAAGCUGAUGGAGGGGCUCGGCGACAGCAAGCUGAUGGGGCUGUAUUCUACUGAGGUUGGACCAAACAACAGCGUGUACCAGUUGUGGAAUUUCAAGUCUUUAGACAAGAGGCAGGAGACCAUGAAGAAAUCCAAAGAUGAUGCAGAUGGCCUCUCCAGUCAUGUGACCAGUAUGUUCAACAAGAUAAUGAUUCCAUGUUCAUUUUCACUUUUGAAAUAAUCACUAGAUGAUUCCCCCCCCCAAAAAAAAAAACUUUCCAUCAGCCAAUCUAGUCUUCAUUCAAGCCGUUCAUCUUGUUAUAUGAUGCACUGCCAGACAUACCAUACCACAGACGGCUGUGUAGAGCUGUGGGUUUUUUUAUUGUUUUUUUUUAUUAUUAGUUUUUUUUUAUGCUAGUCGCCAGACACACAAGGCCUGAAGGCCAC